CGAUAUCCAGCACCAUGAGGAAACUGUGACUGUCCCAAAACAAGCGCGCGUGUGGUGCCGAUAAGUGGUAGUACUAUGCUUCCUCCGAGAUGCCACGGACGGCAAUACUGUAUCGCUGCCAGCCUUAUCAGCUCAGCCUCGCGGGGUAGUAAUGACGUAGUUCAGAAGAAGCAGCCUUAUCGGUCUACUCAAAGUCCCGGCGGAGGCCCGUGUCUACGUCUACGUGCUAUCUCAAUAACCUACUCGCUCCCGCAGGAUCGCUACUCUUCCGCUUACUAUCGGCAGCACUGCGAGUUCAACACACCCUUAUACUGAAACAUGCCACGAAAAAUCCUCAUCGGAUUCGGUGUCGAUGUUGACGCCGUUGCCGGAUGGCUCGGCUCAUACGGCGGAGAGGAUUCACCGUUGGACAUCUCGAGGGGUGUGUACGCUGGAGAAGUGGGCACUCCCCGGCUUCUCAAACUCUUUGCGAAGUACAAUAUCAAGACCACCUGGUUCAUUCCUGGUCAUAGUCUUGAGACAUUCCCUGAGCAGAUGGCUGCUGUCCGAGACGCUGGUCAUGAAAUUGGCCUGCACGGUUAUUCACAUGAGAAUCCUGUUGCGAUGACGAUAGAGCAGCAGCGCGACAUACUAAACCACACCUACGACUUACUUACAAAAUUCAACAACGGCAUUCCUCCGAAAGGGAGCGUAGCCCCUUGGUGGGAGACAAGCAAGGACGGUAGCUUUCUUUUGCUAGACAAGGGCAUUGAAUACGAUCACUCCAACAUGGCGCACGAUUCACAGGCUUACUACCUACGUGAUCAAGAUCUCUGGACGAAGAUCGAUUAUAAGGCGAAGGCAGAGACUUGGAUGAAGCCUCUCGUUCGUGGGAAGCAAACGGGGCUUGUGGAAAUUCCCGGGAACUGGUACCUCGAUGACCUCCCUCCUAUGAUGUUUAUCAAAUCUAGUCCUAACUCUCACGGAUGGGUGAACUCUCGGGAUGUGGAGCAACUUUGGAAGGAUAUGUUCACGUACCUGUACAGGGAGGAAGAGAAUUUCAUCUUUCCCAUCACGAUCCACCCCGAUGUCAGUGGUCGUCCUCAUGUGCUGUUGAUGCUUGAACGCUUCAUCGAGUGGGUCAACACGCACGCCGACGUGCGCUGGGUGCCUAUGAUCGACAUGGCAAACGAGUUCCGCGCGAGAGUCGCCCCACCACCCGGGGCGCUCAUGCCUCGGGGCUUCGUCCCCACGCCCCCCUCGGCGUCUGCGCCGCCCGCGAAGCCUCCUUUUACAGCCAAGCUGUGAGCGCGAAUGCAAAGUCCAAUCGGAAGCCCGGCAACAUAGCUGCAAACGACGGCAUAUGAGGAAGAAAAAGGAUCGUGAGGAGAUGCUCAUUACAGAACGGGGACUGAGCGUCGUCCUAUUUCCGACCACAGUGAGAGACCCAGUGUUUGAUGGGGUAUCGGGCAUCAUCAUGGCUGUCUGGAUACGAAACGGGGAGGCCAGAGGGUCGCAACGUGUACGCCGUCAUCGAACAGCGUCA